AUGGCAAAGGGAAGCACAAAACUCGCCGCCUCGGGCAAGGCCAUUGACCCCACUCUCGAUGCCCUUUUCGCAUCCAGUGCCGGUCCCGUUAAAGCUCCCGAGAAGACAAGUCAACCCGAAAAAUCCACACCAAAGGCAAGGGCCGAGCCCCAAUCCUCCGAUUUCGACGAGGAACUUCCAGACGCCGACGAGGGAGACGAUGAGGAGUUGUCCGAGCUUGGUAGUGACGAGGAUGUUGAUCUCGACGAUAUUGCCGAGGACGAGUCGGACGCUGAGGACGUAGAGGAGGAAGCCUCAGAGCCAGCCCCAAAGGUGAAGAAGGAACGGAAGCGCAAGCGCGUAGAGGACGAUAUCGAGGGCAAGUACCUGAGCAAGCUCGCGGAGGCAGAAGUAACGGAGAAGCCGGCCGGAAAACGCAGCAAGACGGAUACCGAGAGCAAAGAAGAUGGCGAAGAGGCGACCUCUGAAACGUCGUCCGACGCCGAAGCGCCCCUCGUCCACGAGUCGCUUGCCGCUGACGCCAAGACCAAGGUGAAGGAUAGCGAGAUGGAGAAGGCGAGCCGUACCGUGUUCCUCUCCAAUGUCGCAUCCGAUGCCAUCGACAGCAAGUCGGCCAAGCGUACCCUCGAGGCCCACCUCGUCAGCGUCCUCGACAAGGACGCCACACCGCCGCAGAAGAUUGAGUCGAUCCGCUUCCGCUCCAUCGCGUUCUCCGGCGGCGCUCUCCCCAAGCGCGCGGCCUAUAUCACAAAGUCCCUCAUGAACGAGACGACAAAGUCGGCCAACGCCUACGUCGUUUUCUCCACACCUGCUGCCGCGCGCAAGGUCUGCGCCGAGCUCAACGGCACCAUCGUCCUCGACCGCCACCUGCGUGUCGACAGCGUCGCUCACCCGGCGCCCACGGAUCACCGCCGCUGCGUUUUCGUCGGAAACCUGGGCUUCAUCGACGACGAGACCAUCCUUACCACCAACGAGGAGGGCGAGACAGUCCAGAAGAAGCGUACCAAGGUCCCCGCCGACAUCGAGGAGGGCCUCUGGAGGACGUUUGGCAAGCACGCCGGCAAGGUCGAGAACGUACGCGUUGUGCGCGACCCCAAGACGAGAGUGGGCAAAGGAUUCGCCUACGUUCAGUUCUACGAUGGAAACCACGUCGAAGCCGCCCUCCUCCUGGAUGGCAAGAAAUACCCUCCCAUGCUCCCCCGCAUCAUGCGCGUAACCCGCGCCAAGGCCCCUCACAAGACGGCCCUGGCCAUGGAGCGCACGAACAAGGCCAGAGCAGCCCAAUCGGGCGGUCCCGGCGCGCCCGGUAACACAAAGUACCGCGCCAAGAUCACCCCCGAGCAGCAGUCCAAGGCCGGCCGCGCGGCGCGCCUGCUGGGCCGCUCCGGCGCCAACCGCGAGCGCCUCGGCGAGAGAGGCGACAGAGGGAAGCCCCGCGCCCCGGGUAACGGCUCCGGCGCCGUCCCUAAGGACGACAUGAAGGCGCCCGAGGACUUCAUCUUCGAGGGCCGUCGCGCCAGCGCCAAAGACGGCAGGCCGAAGGACCUCAAGUUCAACAAGCGGAGCAAGCCCAAGGGCGGUGGCGUCAAGAAGUCGAAGCCUGUCGGCCGUGGCGCCAAGAGAGCGGCGGAGUGGAAGAAGAAGAAAAACUGA